CUUUCUACUGUGUUAGUCAGUAUGCAAGCUUUUUACACAUAUUAGAGAAAACAAUAACAAAAAGUAAGAUUUAACAAAACAUUGAUUUAUUUCAUGUUAGUGUUAAAAAUGUUGCAGCCACUUUAUUGCAUUAUGACCCUUUAACUUGAUAUUUUUUUAUAUUCGUUAGACAUUGUGAAACUUACAUUGUUUUAUAAAAUAGUGGAAAAAACAUGCGAGGUCACGGAAAUGUGAAGCUUACAUCACGGCAGUGCUAUCCAGUAUCAGUGGAAUAUUUUCUGUCGUUUCAUCUCUGUUGUUUAAGUCCAUGUGUUCUUACAAUGAUACUUUUCUCUACAAAGGGUGGAUGAUCCAUGUGUUCUUACAAUGAUACUUUACUCUACAAAGGGGGAUGAUCCAUGUGUUCUUACAAUGAUACUUUUCUCCACAAAGGGGGAUGAUCAGUACUAAUGCCGUUUAUUUUUUCUAUCAUCAGAUACUGCAAACUGAGUUCACGGGUUUAAGGGCUACUGGUUUUAUUCUUUUCGGGAUAAGAUACUGGACAAGGAAGGCUGAAUACACUCCACAGGGUCUUGUAUGGCAUGACUAUGAGUCGCUUAGAUUUGCAGCCAAUGCAGCUUUUCUUCACGCGCUGUCUUAUCAUGGUGGCGUUGCGGUAUACCCUUUUGACUUCUACCGAACGCAGAUUGAUUAUAUGUUGGGGAGAAACGAAAAUGCUUUUAGUUAUCAGAUCGGAUAUGGUAGUCGUUAUCCUAGGCGACCUCACCACAGAGCAAGCUCAUGUCCCGAUUAUAUGGAGACAUGUGAUUGGUCAAUCUACAACUCCCCAAGUCGAAAUCCUUUCGAACUUACUGGAGCUUUAGUCAGUGGUCCGGACAUGAAUGAUGUAUAUGAGGAUAUCCGGUCGAACAAAACGAUGAACAGAGUAUCUGUGGAACACAACGCGGGAUUUCAAUCUGCACUUGCAUACAUUGUUAUGAAACAUCCUCCGCCAAAGGAAACUACAACAACAUCAACAACAACAAUGACAACAACAAGUCAAACAGAUACAACAGCUGCAACAACAAUAACAACAUCUAGUCAGACGCAAACAACUCAGGACACAGUCACGGAGGAAUUAGCUACUACGCAGUCACAGACACAGACCUCAACGCCAGACCUCUCUGAUAGGACGUCAUCACCAACACCAACAACAACCAGUCAAACACAAACAACUCAGGACACGGUCACAGAGGAAUUAGCUACUACACAGUCACAGACACAGUCCUCAACGUCCGACCUCUCUGACAGGACGUCUACACCAACACCAAAAACAACAACCAGUCAAACACAAACAAAUCAGGAAACAGUCACGGAGGAACUAGCUACUACGCAGUCACAGACACAGACUUCAACGCCCGCCCUCUAUAAUAGGACGGCAACAGCAUCAGCAACAACAGCACGAACAACUGAGGAAACAAUAACAGAGGAUUUAGCUACAACGCAGUCACUAACCCAGACCUCAACGCCCGACAUAUCUGAUGGGAAGUCAGCAACAACAACAGCAACAACCAGUCAAACACAAGCCACUCCGGAAAUAAUCACAGAGCUUUUUACUACAAUUCAGUCACAGACCCAGACCUCAACGCCCGAUUUUUCUCACAGGACGUCAACAACAAUAACAACAAUCAGUCAAACACAAGCCACUCAGGAAACAGUCGCAGAGGAUUUAGCUACAACGCAGUCACAGACAGAGAGCUCAACGCCCGCUUUCUCCGAAAGGACUGCAUCACCACAACCACCACCACCACCAACAACAACAACCAGUCAAACACAAGGCACUGAGGAAACAAUUACAGAGGAUAUAGCUACAACGCAGUCACAGACCCAGACCUCAACGCCCGAUCCCGCUGAUGGGAUUCUCCUAAAUGGAAGGAGAUCAGGUAACUCCGGCAGUAGGAAAAGCACAUCGCCACCACGGAAUGGAGAGGGAACAACGCAGUCACAGACCAAGACCUCGACCCACGACCUCUCUGAUGGAAUGCCAACAACAACAAAAAGAACAACAACCAGUCAAACACAAGCCACUCAGGAAACAAUAACAGAGGAUUUAGCUACAACGCAGAUACACACACAGACCUCAACGCCGGGCCUCUCUGAUGGGAUACUCUCAAAUGGAACGAAAACAUCAGGCAACUCCGGAAGUAGGAAAAGCACAUCGCCAUCAAGAAAUGGAGAGGGAACUUCCAUGCCAAACACAGUUUUCCCACCUAAUCUAAACAAAACCCAUCCCAUAAAUGAAACAUCAAGUGCUUCAUGCUUGAUAGCUUCUUUAAGCACUGUGUUGUAUUUCACAUUUAUUCUGCUGUCAUGUUUUACCUCCAAUUUGUAGUUAGAUAGUUUGCACGGUAAUAUGUACGUCCAUCUCUCUGUGUAUUUAUUUUGUUUUAAUAACAUUCAAUUAACAUUGUUGUCAAGAGUACUUGUUAUUAUACUUUGACAAGAUUAUUGUUUAAAUUGGCGCCAUCUAGAGAAAACAAAUACUUAGUUGUCGGUAACCGCAAUGUUCUAGAUCUGACACCAGUUUUGAGAUUUUGCUGAACUACACUAUCAUCAUAUACGUCGCUAUUAAUUAGAUGACACAAUGUUUUCUAACAAUGUACCGAAUGGAAAAUUGAGCCGCGCCAUGAGACAAUCAACAUAGUGGCUUUGCGACCAGUAUGGAUCCAGACCAGCCUUCGCAUCCGCGCAGUCUGGUCAGGAUCCAUGCUUUUCGCUGACGGUUUCUCUAAUUGCUAUAGGCUUUGAAAGCGAACAGCAUGGAUCCUGACCAGACUGUGCGUAUCGCAAACCCACUAUGUUGGUUUUCUCGUGGCGUGGCUCAAUUAAGGAGAUAACAGUAUUUAGCCAAUAGUUUUAUAUUGAAUGAUGUCAGUAGAGAUCAGUUAUAAAUGAGAUAUCAGUAAAAGUCAGACAUAUUUAAGAUAUCUCCGAAAGUCAGACAUACUAAGGAUGUCACUGAAAGUCAAAAAUAGAUAAAUAUCAGUGAAAUAAUAGGUCUCUGGAGGUCAGUCAAAAACCAGUGGUCAAUGAAGGUCAGACUUAAACAAAAUGUCCCUGAAAGUCAGACUUAAAGAUGUUAACGAAGGACAGAUAUAAUAGAACAUCAGUAAAUAAAUCAUUUAUUAAUUAAGAUUUCAGAAAAGGUUAGACAUAAUUAAGAUGUCAUUGAAGGUCAAACAUAAAUAAGGUGACAAUGAAGGCCAUAUAUACAUAGUACGAUGUCAAUGAAUUUCAGGCAUAUUUAGAAUGUAAACAAAAGUUGGACAGGUAUCUUUUUCGUCAGACCUGUUACACGACAGGUGUAUUUACUUUCAUUACAUUUUUCAUAAGAAGACUUUAUCGCGAAUGUGUUAAUUUUUAUAACUUGAUAAAUUUUAAUUGAAAGUUUACUUACUGCGUAGUCUGAGGUUUCUCGUUUUGACUUGCAUAUUUUCCAAAAUCGCCUUCCGCCCUCAACCUUCUUCCCCCAUUUUUGGCAAAUAAAAACUUAUUUUGGUACAUAAAUAAAGGCGAUUAAAUGGAAAACAGAGCCUAUUUGAGAGGGCAUUUUGAUGUCUUGGAAAGGAUUUUAUACGAUGUCUAUUGUCAAAAACAUUUUUGGAGGUUGUCCUAGCGAAAUAUGGGUAGGUUUUGCUAUCCACAUCCUACACCCCACUCCCUCUCCUGCCCAAAACGUUAUAUUCGCUCCCGCGCCAGUAUAUUUGUGAAGCUGAUAAUGAAUGCAUAGGAGCUGUGCAUUAUAUGAAACGCCAAAUAUUUUGUUGUGUUGUUAGGGUUUCGUGAUAUUGUUUUGUUAUAAAGUAUGUUUCAUGCUAUAAGCGAAGCAUUUGCUCGAUGUUAAUUAAAAAAUGUAUCUGGUAAUAGGCUGUUUUUAUUUUUUGUGAUCUGUUCUUCUUUUGGAAUGGGAUUAACAAGUUUUCGACUCGUCAUCUGUUAAAGGUGAUAUCUGCCAGCACAUGCAUGCUGCUUUUUGACAUUGUAUCACGUGUAUGUAUAAUUGUGUCUUUAUAUGCUGAAAUUAACUUAAAAUCACCUGACUUGGUUUAAAACUGUAGCAAGGACCUAUACGUUUAUAUAUAUAUAUUAUAGGUAUAUGUUUCAGCCAUAGGGGCUCAUUUCGGAUUAAUCUACAUACCUGAACCAUACAGGUAUUUAAACCCGCAUAAUUUUAGAAGGGGUCAGGACAGCUUGUAUAUGUCGGAAUAGUAUUAAGUAAUUUCAUUUAGAUAUUUCUUUUAUGGAACAUUCUAAAAUUAUGAGAAAACUGAGCACAUAUCUUUAAUUUAUGUUACAAAUCUCAGAGGGACGCUCAAAGUCCGUUCGUUGUAAUCCAAACAAACAAGAUACAAUUGCAGCAGGGACUUAUCUAUAACCCGUCAUUUGUAACUUGUAGAUAGAUUGUCUU